AUGUCUGAAGGAUGUCUUAUUCCAGACAUCCACUGUGACUCAUCUGCCCAUGAUGUCCUCGCCCUUUAUUCCCUUUAUAAAAAAGGCCUCUCUUUGCUAGGGUACCAUCUGUGCAACUAUAGCCUUACCAAAAAUGUGUUUAAAAUGGUUGCCUACCAAAAGUCCUAUGAGAAAAGCACUUCCUGCGGAGGAUGGAUACCAUGGAUGGUGUGUCCCCGGACGUACUAUAAAAUGCAGUAUCAUACUGUUGAAGUCCCUGAAACCAUCACUCUUACAGAUUGCUGUGAAGGAUAUGAGCAAGUCGGACUCUACUGUUCUUUAGCACUCAAUAGAUCCAGUGUAUUUGCCUCAAGACCUGGUGUUUGUCCAAUGGAGAAUAUGGAAACAUCUGAUUAUCCUUGCACGUUCGAUACUGAAUGUCCAGGGCUUAAAAAAUGCUGCAACUCAUCCAAAGGAGCAGGCUGUGUGGAUCCAAUGCCAGAGGGACGAACAUUCUGGUACAACGUGACAGUGCUUGUGAAAAUGGAUUUUAAUGAAUUAAUCAGAGUGGAUUCCUACCUUCUGAAUCAUUCGCGCCUUUUGCACUCCAUGAUUACUGGUGCAUUACAGCCCUUGAAUGCCUCUGUGUACCACAUCCAGAGUAACCACGCAGAAGUAUAUGCUGGGACAGUGGCCUCCCAUGUUCUCAUUGGACUGCAUCAGCCAGCUCCGCUAGCAGAGGUUUCUUCUUCCUUGAAGGACAUCGUGAAGCGUGUGUAUGAAGUGAUUGACACAGAAGUUCAAGAUGUCAAUGAAUGUUCCCAUGUUGAAUUGAACGCUUGUCCCGAGAAAAACACCUGUGUAAAUCUGGAGGGUUAUUACAGCUGUGGCCCUCAGCAUGAACAUGCAGAUGUCAACCCUCACCACCUGAGCCCAAGAAAGGAAGGCAUAGCAGCAUCUACUCCAAGUUCAGCUUUGGAUCUCAUUAAUGCUAGCAAUAGCUCUCCGUCUAUAAGUAAUUCAAGUCUCUCGUCCAUGACUAACCAAUCUACAGAUGCUGGGUGCUAUCCCUCUGCAGUUAGAAACCACCAAAUCUUCAGCGUUACCAGCAACAGUUUUGAAAUGUCCUGGCAUGUCAAUUCUACUCUGAACCAUACUUUCCAAGUCCAAGUGUUCAAGGGCAAGGAGAUUAUACGAGACCUGAAGACGGAAGAAAUGAAAAUGGAUGUGUCUGGACUGGAAGCAGGUGUGGUGUAUUCAGUAGAGCUCGGCUAUGAAACCUGUGGUAAAACCAGCAUUUCCCAUCAAAAUGUUAAAACAGAUGCCAAGAUAUUUGGUAUUACUAUGAGGAUUCUCAACUACAACUUCACUGAAGAUUUCCAUAAUGCCAGCAGCUCAGCAUAUGAAGAAUUUUCAAGACUGUUGCUUACAGAGCUUGAAAAUUCAUUUCCACCCAACAUUUCUACUUUAUACAAAUCUGGGAAGCUGAAAGUGCAGACCAAAUCCUUGCAAGCCGGAAGCAUCGUUGUGAGGCUCAGAAUCACUGUGGAGGAUCCCGAGUUUCCGGUCGACGCCUCCACGUUUGCCCCAGUGCUUUCUUACCUGCACAAUGGCUCUGCGCUUUUGGUGGAUCAGCAGAACACUGCAGUAGAAGACUGGGAUGAAUGUGCUUCUCCCGCCGAGAAUGACUGCUCUGUGUUCGCAGAGUGUAUCAAUUUGAUGGGCUCGUACCUGUGCAGAUGCAAGACAACCAUGGAUACCAAUCCAUCCCGACCUGGAAGAAACUGUGAGGGUGAGAUUGUGGACCCUCUCACUGAAACGAUGGCUCCUGAAGUAAUAAACAGCACAGAGUUUGCUCCUGAAGAAGUAAGCCCUGCAGGGCCUGCUUCCCCUGCCACCGCCGAGAUGGUGGCUACUGUAGGCUCUGAGAUGAGCACUGCCAUACACCCUCCUGCUGCACUGCUCCUGGGUGACAAGCAAGUGCCCCAUGGUCCUUCUCCCACCAGCACUCCUCCAGCCCAUUGGAAAAAAGGCCUGGCACCACAGAUGGGCUUCGGCAGGGACAAUAGCCCCACAGCCAUGGGGGUUGCAGCCAGCGAGGAGACAGCCAUGAGUGCAGAGCAGUGGGUGGCCAUAAGUCCAUUGCAGCAAAGCUCUGUGGCAGAGGCUUCCUCGAGUGCACCACAGCGAGUGGCUGCUCUCACCAAUGCGCCCAUGGGCCCGGCUGGGCAAGAGCAACUUGGUUCACCAUUGCUGGCGUUUCCUAAUCAAACAACUGCUGCUACCACCAGAAGUCGCACAACUUCUGGUGUGCCUCAAGCCAGCUCUCAAGGUGGCCCUGGUACAGCUCUGCCAGCCACAGGGGAUGCUGGUGCUCCCUCCCUCAACGCCACCCUCAGAGCACAUGUAGAGAUGGGAAGAGAGAAUAGCUCUUGGUCCGAGAAAUAUGCUGGAGCCCUGCGGUCACCAGCUUUGUCAGGCGCCUCUCUGGCUCCCAGCCCAACGCCAAGCCCAGCCAAGGACUGCAACGUCCAGAAACUUAGUGGCACAGUACGGAUAACAAACGUGAAAUACUCUCCAGGCUUUAGCAACACAAGCAGUGAGGAAUACCAAACCUUUGCACAGCUCUUUGUUGAUGAAGUACAUAAAUCUCUGCCCCUUAAGGUUCUUCAGCAGAUGGAUGCUGGUCUGAUUAAAGUGUUGGUAAGGGGUAUUACUAAUGGGAGCACAGUGGUAAGUUUCAAUUUACUGAUUGCAGAAGAUGUGGAUAUCUACUACAUCAUCACCACUUUUCGUGAGGCUUUUGAACACAGCUCCUAUUUCACAGUUGACAAGAGCAGUCUCUCCAUAAACGAUUAUGAUGAAUGCAAAAGCGAAGAAGACGACUGCUCCCCGGAUGCAUCGUGCCACAACACACUUGGGUUUUACCAGUGCAGCUGCAAUGAAGGAUUUGCUGAUGUGCAUCCAGAAAGGCCCGGAAGAAGCUGUAAAGCAUUUUCUUUCAGCCAAGAGGAAACACUGACGGAUAAGAAACCUGUACACAACACAGUUUUACCUGUGACAUCUUUGCAAACUUCAACUCAUGUUUCCUCCCCUGCUUCAUUGGACUUCUCUACCGCUGAGCGCAAAGCUCUGGAGCACACCACGUUCUCCAGCGUGGUGCUCUCUCCUCUCCCCAUGGAUCCUGUGUCUACUCCUGAUGUUUCUCAUCAAGCAUCUCCUGUCCCACUCGUUAAACCUGCCCAGGAGAUUUCCAUUAAAGAUGCAGUGAGAGUGUUCUGUGAAAUAGAGAAGAUCAUCCUUGCUGUCCAGAAGAGAUUUUUGCAGCAGGAGUCUAUCCCUGAAACCUCCUUGUACCUGGGGGAGCCUCGCUGCAACGUGAGCAUCAGCAACAGCACUCACGUGGUGCUGCAGGCAGGCUGGAGGGACUGCGGCACCGAAGUUGAGACUAACAUGACCAAUACCGUAGUGAAAACCAUCCUUCGGAAUGACAUUUCUGCUCAGGAAGUAAUCCACCACUUAAAAGUUGCCAGUCCCAUUCACUGUGUGUUUCAAAACGAUCUCUUGACUUCCUCUGGAUACACUGCAGAAGGACUUUACACCAUCUUUGAGGAUUUGCAUGGAUCUGGACACUUCAGAACAGAAAUGCAGUUGUUCAUUGGAAACUCCCCAAUACCAAAAAAUUUCAGUGUCUCUGCCAGUGAUGAUGUCCUAAUUGAAGUGGGGAUCCAGAGAGCAGACAGCAAGCUCAAGGUGGUCCUCACUGACUGCUGGGCGACUCCAACUAAUAAUUCAGUGGAUCCCCUCUCAUUUGCUUUUAUCAGCAACAGCUGUCCCAUCCCAAAUACAUACACAACACUGCUAGAGAAUGGGAAUUCAAGCAAAGCGCAGUUUAAGAUGAAAAUUUUUUCCUUUGUCAACAAUUCUGUCGUUUACCUACACUGCAAAAUACGUAUUUGUAUGGAGACACCAGGAAGCACCUGCAGGACAAGAUGCCAUGCGGUUCGAUCCCUGAAGACUGGUGAAACCAUCGCUAUGCACAGAACAUCCUGGGGACCCCUGUGUAAAUCGGCUGCAUCUGAUUUGAAGAGAGAGAAGGAGGCUGGUAUGGGAGUUGGUUACAUCAUCCUCAUUGUCUUUGCUGUGUUUGGUUUUGUGGUGGGAGUUGUGAGCCUUCUCAUUUUCCAGUACCAGCGAAAGAUGGGAAGGUACAACUUUAGAAUCAAGUCUGACAACUUCAGCUACCAAGUGUUCUAUGAUUAGUGACUUCCAGGUUACCAGAUUUGGAUCACGUCUCAUCACGUGGAGAAAUGAAGCUUGUCUUCACUCAGCAUUUGGCAUUCAUUACUCUUCACAGUGGUGGUUAGGACUGGUUGCAACAUUGACUCUUCCAAAUUAACGUCACAUUUGAAAGGCUUCUCUAUCCCUCUUUUUUUUUUUCUUUUUUUUUUUUUUUUUAAGCAAUCUGGUUCUUCCCUGGUGUCCUAAGAACUAUUUGUCACUGCAGCUCCAGGUUGAAGUGAAUUUUGUUUUUUUUUUCAUGGAUAAAAUAGAAGGGAAAAAAGAAAGAUUUCUUCAUGGUUCUCUGUUCAGGUUCCAAGAUUUGUCUCUCCCACUGUGACACGUUGCUAUGUGCCCACCUUAGCAUCACCUGUGACAUUACUUUUGAGAAGCUGUGUGUUUCUAUAAAUAUUCCAGGAAGUAAACCAGCAAACCCUUAAGAGAGAUCUGCUUUUUAGUUUGUAAUUCACUAUUUACUUAAGGUGAGGUUGAAACUUUGAGCUGUAACAACGUUGCAGACCUAUUUGUGCAACGCCUUAAGUAUACAAAAGCUGGAGAACAAGUAUUAGAUUUGCCACCAAAUAAAGAAAAGGCACCAUGAAUCUGCAACUUAAUCUACUCAGAGUGUUCUUCAGCAUGAGUUUUGAGAUUCGAUCGUAAAUUAUUUAAUCCAGGACUCAUGGGAAAAAAAAAGAAACUAUUUUUGCUGCUGGCAGCCCAUGUUUUUCAGAGAAGUCAAUUGGUACCUAUGUGUUUUGUUUAAUUAGACCACAAUGAUUGUGCAGUUGAGCCCCAGAGUGUGCUGCCCACCCAAGUAAGAACACUCCAAUUUCAACAGAGUAGUUAUAAAUUUGAGCUGUUGCAGCAGCAAAGGUUUAGCUUACACGGUCCAUCGGAUACAAGAACAGUCUGGUCAGCUGGAUAAACUGGAAUAAAAAUCUUUUCCACACGGUAAGCAUCUUCUGCAGGACUCUUUUGCGGAGCACUCCUCACUCUGCUGCCCCAAACCUCCACUUCAGUGAACGUGUUAGAAGACGGAGAGUAAAGCAGUGCGGUUACUUGUCCCCACCACCCCUUGGUUCUGAUUGCUGCGUGCGCUCACCCUACACAGUGGUAAUCUCUCCUGUGUCUGGGUUACGUGUAAUUUAGUAAUUUACAGUGAACAAGCUAAUUCCUCUAUAAGCUCAAUGGAACCAUUACAAAUAACUCUCAAGUGGAAAUUGGCCAUUAAAUUGAACUUGCAAAUACUCUUAGUAGCCAUAGCAUUUGGGUACUGAUAUUUAGGUACAGAAUAAAAUUGCAAAGCUGCUUUUCUAACCCCCUAGUCCAAUUUCUGAUAGGUAAUAAGAUUACUGGGUAAAGGACUUCUACAUUUUGCAAAAGGUCAUAAUGAUUGAUCUUAGAGGUUAUAUAUACACCUUUUAAAUGCAUUGAUAUAUUUCAGAAUAAUCAUUUACAUUCUGCUUUUGGUUCAAGUGAAUCUAUAAGGAGUAAAAAUCUUUGACUUGUCUUUUCCUUGCUGAAACAUCAGUUACCAGAUCCUGAUAUAAAAAAAGAUCCAUUCGGUUGCAGUUCACUACUGAAACUGCAAAUUAUCUUUGCAAUUUUAGAGUCUGAUGAACACAGACAUUAGCUUAUUACUAUGUAGGAGUCUCUUAACUUUUGCUCAGUUUGCUCUCAAAUAUAUAAUGUGUUUACCUUCUGCACACAGUGAAAGGAUAAGCUAUUUUACUAUAAAUAUUUUUCUGGUUUUUAGUACUUACAAUCCUGAACUGCUUGAAAGUGACUGGACUAGAGAUUUGCCUGUUCAUUUCGGUGGAGCUAAGCCACUUACAAAAGCGGAGCAUUAGUCUUCAGGAUGAAAUGCAAAGCAGUAGCAUGUAUUUGGUACCUUGCAUGCUCAGCAGAAACUGCUGUUGUGACUAUCUGAA